AUUCUAUGAAGUGACGUCAUAGGCAACACAUUUGAAAUGAAACUGGAAAGGUAGAUAAGGAAAAUCUCUGGAAAUGUGAUCAUGUGUUGCGAUAAUAACAAAAACAGGGAAAAUUCCCUUCCUAAACUGGCAUAUGAUAAAUACAAAGGUUCACCUUUUUAUUGGCAAGACUUGAAGAAAAGUUAGAUGCAUAUUUCAAGAUAAGUUCAAAUUUGAAAGAAAAUGGAUGUAAAGAAAAAUCGCAAGAAAAGACAAAACCAUGAAAAAAAUUGUACAAAUGAAGAAAAUAUCUAUUUGUCUCAUGAUCCAGAAACAAGAUCUGUAACUUCUGAUACUGAUAGCUACAUUGUUCAUGAAAAAAAUGUAUCCUGUAGUAGUAGUAGUAAAAUUUGGAAAGAUGAAGAUUUAUUCUUACCCAUAACAGUUAAAACAGGUACUAAACCAAAACAGAAUUUACAGAUUGAAAAACAAGAAGAAAAAUGGGAUUGCUUUUAUAAGAAGUAUCUUUUUUGGAGAAACAACAGAAUAAAUACAAUUUUCAAAUUGCAAGAGCUCCUAAAAAAAAUUCAUGAUGAUCAAUUAAAUUUCAAUAAAACAAAUAUUAUGUUUAAAGAAUUAAAUGUUAAUUCUAGAAUGUUAAAAAAAUCAAAUAAUUCCACAAUUGAUUUUUUUGCUUCUCUGGGCACAUUUCUAACUGAUGCUGCCAGUGGUAUUACAUCUGUGGCUCAAGCUUUUAAUGUUGAUGCAUGUAAUAUAGAAUUUAAAAAAAUUAUGGAAGAUGAUGCUGAAAUUACAAAAUCAUUAUACAGAAUCAGAUCUCAAUGUCUAGAACAGUAUAGGGAUAUUGAAGAAAUGGUGCGAUGUUUCCAUUCUGUAACUUUUAAUGAUACAUUGGAAACUGUAUCUAAAACAUUAAAAAUUGAUGAUCUUUGGCUUGACUUAAAAAAUGGCAAUGAGGAGAACCCUGUUUCAGCAACUAUAAACUGUCUAGAUCGAUUCAUUUCAAAAAAUGCUAAUUCUGCCACUGUUAAUAAAAUUUAUGAUUCUGUUGAAGGAUAUAUUGAUAGCAAUCCUGCAAUUUUAGAUGCUUGCAAAUCAGCUGGAAAAGUUGCAUAUGGAAUAUAUGAUACUUGGGGUAGAGAUCAAAAGCAAAGAGAAGGUAUAGCAGCUGAAACUAGUCACAUAGCAAAUGAGAUGAUUAUGCAAGAAGAAAUGAAGGAAUUGUGUCAACUUCGUUCAAGAGUCAACAAUAGUGAAAUGAUACAGGCUAAAUUGGAAUCAAAAAUUGAAGAUGCAAUUGAUUCGUUGCAAUCUGAAUUGAAUGAAAUAAGUAGUUUAUUUAAUAGGCAUUCUGAGGGUUAUUUAUUGAAACAAUAUCCCCAUUAGGGUAAUAAUACCAAAUUACAAUAAAAAUUAAGACUUUUAAUAAUAAUAAUAGCAUAUAAAUUCAUAUUGUAUAUUACCUAUAGUGCCUUGCAGUGAAAUAGUUUUAUCUUGAUUCUUUUUGACUUUUAAAUAUUGUCAAUUUAUAAUGAAUCAGUAUUUCUCGUGGUUAAAAUGUAGAUUAAUGUGUGUUUUUUUAAAAAUAUGUUUAAAUGUUUUUGUGAAAGUAUUUUCAAUGCUUAAUAUUAAUAAAUAUUUUUUGAGAAUAUAAUAUAUAAUGAGGAUUUUAUAAAAUUGUAUUGAAUAUGUAAUAUGUUGUUUCUAAAUCUUUACAUAUGUCCUUUAAGAACUGCAUUAAUUUCUCAUAUGUUUCUUAAUUAUAUCUCUAGAUUUGUAGUGUCUAAUUCAAGAAUUUUUAUUGUUUUUUAAUGCAACCCAAAUUUUAAUUCUAAUGUUAAGCUUACUGAUGGAAAACUUCUUUUUUAUUUUCUGAAUAUUUUUAAGACAUCUUCUUUUUUUUUAGAAUUUACAUUUUAUUUCUAUAGUAAUGUUUUGAAUUCUUCACCAAUAUGCUUGUUGAACAUGAACUUGUAUCCUAAUUAAAGCUUGUUACAAUAGAGUUAUGAGAACAAAAUAUAUUAACAUAUGAAACCAUUUCUAUGUAUAUAUAUAUUUAAAUUAAUUUCAUUGAUCGGUUUUUCUCCUGGUGCUUGGUACAUAUUCUUUUUAUACAAAAUGAAAGAGAAAAGAAAUUAGCUUCCCUAUUUUUUAUUAAAGAACUUUUUCCAAAUUUAUAUUUUCUCUUUUUUUUCCCCCUGAAAUAACGGCAAAUUUUAGAUUGAAAUUUUCUGUUCUAAAUUAGAGAAAAAAAUUUCGGUUACUGCAAAUUUCUAACGUAAUUAAAAGGAACCCGAGUUCAUAAAGUAUGAAAGGUUUUAAAAAUCUUGAUUUAUGUCCUUUAAUAAGGCUUCAUUUUAGCCCAAUUGCAUGUAAAAGGUAAUAAAUUUUAGAUAAAAAAAUUCUUAACAUUUAUAUACAAUUAUUUUAAUGUCAAUUUUUUUUCAUAUAAUAUUUUUAACAGAGUAUUUCUGUGCAAACCUUAGAUUGCAUCAAUGGGUAAAAAUUUCACUAGUUUAUUUUAGUAUUUUUACUAAAUGCAUUAAUAAAUUUUAUAGCUAGAUCAUUUUAUUGGGAUGAUAGAUUUAAAUUUGAAAAAUAAUUUAUUCUGAGAUUUGCUAUUGCAAUGGAGAUUUUUAGAGGUAGAAUCAUUUAUUUAGAGGUAGAAUUUUAAAGUUUUUUGUAUAAGAGAAACAUAAACUUGCAAUAACAAUUUUUGUCACAUUAUUUUCUGUUUAUAAUCUGAAAUCUUGUAGUGGGGAUAUUUUUUUAAGAGGUAUAGUAGUUUUGUAGAAGUAUAAUUUUUUUGAAUUACCAACACAAACCCAAUAAACCUUUUAUUACUUGUUCAGUUUUAUGAAAUAUAUUGAUAGAUUAUAUGAAGUUCUAAAUAAAUUGAAACCUUAGUUCUUUAAAUAAAUGAGCUUAGUUGUAAAACUAUUGUGCCAUUUAAUUUCAGCUACUCCCUUCACUUUCCAAUACAGAAGUUUUAAUUUAACACAUAAAAGAGAAUCAAAAAUAUAUGCCAUUCUGAUUGAAAAUCAGUGAAUAAAAUAUGGAGAGCUUAUAAUCGAAACAUUCUGAGCUUAUAAUGUUCAAUCAUAUUUGUGACCGAAACCUUACAUUAUGAUAAAAUGUAAUUAUACUUCAUAAUGUAAGUAAAUAGUGGGUAAUAAUUUGUGAUAGAAAGUAUUAAGAUUUCCUUAUUGAUGAUUAUUGUGAUAAAUGAGCUUUUUUUUUAAAGCCAAUUUCAAUAUAUCGGAUUCUUAAUUUUUUAUUUAAUACACUAAUCAAGUUGAAGUCGUCAUUAUGUCUUCUAUAUUCAAUUUUAAUUAAAAACAUGUUUGAAAAUCCAGUUUCACUAAGAUGUGAUAUGUUAAAAGGUAUAGAUAGUUUAAUUCAUAUUCUCAAAAAUGUAUUUGUAUUUAUCUCUUGAAUGCAAUUUAUCUUUUGAAAUAAAAUUUGCAUGGAUUGUCUUUUUGGUCUUAUUCAUGAGAUAUUUCUUACUUAAAAUGUAUUAAAAACUGGCUUCUUUUUUAAAUUGAAAUAUUAUCCUGCACAAUGUUCAAAAUAGAUAAUUGAUCCCUGAUCCAGAUUUCAUUUUCUAAAUUUUCUGGAAAUUAGUUUUUUUCCCAAUCUAUUUAUAGCACAUGGUUAGUGUGGCAGUCUCUAGAAGAGGCAAUUGAAGAUGAGCGAGGGGAGCAAUGUAAGCAAAGUAUAUAUAUAUAUAUAUAUAUAUAUAUAUAUA